CACAGCCUUGCCUCUCCUUUUCAGUUUAUUUUAUUUUUUUUUCCCCUCCUCCCCUCCACUUCAUUUCUUCCCUCUCUUUCUCCUUUAAGUGGAAAAGCCUUGCCAGCUGGGGAAGGCUGGGAGGGCAGGGAGAGCCUCGGCAGGCAGCAGAUAAAGAGUGCGGAGGAGGAGAGGAAGGAAUUUCGGGGCGGCCAGCGCCCGUGGGACGUGCGGCACAGGCGCUCGCCCGGUGGGACCCUGCCCAAGGAUACGGCCACCGAGCCACGGAGCCCGCCAUGCUGCGCCCCUCUCUGAAGACAUCUCUCUGGCUCCUCAUCGUCACUGGUCUGCUGGAGGUAACGUCCGGGGGCAGCAGGCUGCACAUCGAACCCGAAGACACUGAGCUUGUACUCGGCCUCCACAGCACCUUCUCCCUCUUGUGCUAUGGGGAUGGCGCUCUGGUCUGGGAACGGGAGGGUCAGCCCCUCACCGCCUCGCUGGAGCACAGGGAUGGUGUCUUCAUCAGCAAUCUCACGCUCAGGAACGUGACGGGCCGUCACACUGGGGAGUACACGUGCACCUACAGCCCUGACCAGGCUCCAGAAUCAAUGGAGAGGAAAGCCCUGUACAUCUACGUUCCAGAUCCCUCCCUAGUCUUCCUCCCCACAGUCACCUCCGAAGAGCUCUUCAUCUUCAUCACGGGCUACACAGAGGCCGUCAUCCCAUGCCGCGUGACCAACCCGCAGAUGCAGGUGACCCUCUAUGAGAAAAAGGUGGAGAACCCCAUCCCAGCUGCUUAUGACCCACAACAGGGAUUCAAAGGCUUCUUUGAGGAUAAGACCUAUUUCUGCCGGACAAUCGUGGAUGACCAGGAGAUGGAUUCAGACACCUUCUACGUCUACAGGAUCCAGGUCUCAUCUGUGAACGUCUCCAUCAGCGCAGUGCAGACCAUAGUGCGUCAGGGAGAAAACGUUACCCUGAUGUGCACCGUGAGCGGCAAUGAGCUAGUGAACUUCAACUGGGAUUAUCCACGCAAGCAAGCAGGGAAGGCUGUGGAACCAGUGACCGACUUCCUGCCCGGAUCCACCCACGAGAUCCGCUCCAUCCUCAUCAUCCAGAACGCGGAGCUGGAGGACAGUGGGACCUAUGUCUGCAACGUCUCCGAGGGCUACCAUGAGAAAACAGACCGGAAAGACAUCACAGUCCAUGUGAUCGAGCAUGGCUUUGUGCGCUUCCACACCCGCCUGCCCAGCACGGUGUACGCCGAGGUCCACAAGAGCCGCACCAUCCAGGUGGAGGUGGAGGCCUACCCACAACCCAGCAUUGUGUGGCUGAAGAACAACAAGACAUUGACCAUGGAGAGCAGCAGCGAGUUCACCAUCACCAGCAGGAACCUGUCAGAAACCAGGUACCAGACGGCUCUGGUGCUGGUGCGGGUGAAGCAGGAAGAAGGAGGAUUUUACACCAUCCGGGCUUCCAAUGAGGAUGAUGAGCAGGAGCUGUCCUUCCAUCUGCAGAUAAAUGUGCCAGCCAAAGUGGUGGAUCUCAAGGAGAACAGCAGUGCCAGCAGUGGGGAGCAGACUGUAACAUGCUCUGCUGAAGGCAUGCCCCAGCCGGAGAUCAGCUGGUCUACUUGCAGCGACAUCAAAUGGUGCAGCACCAAGGGGCAGCCCACCCGGCUGCUGGGGAACGAGUCCACAGAGAUCGGUCUGCAGACCAACACCACGUACCAUGCGGAGUUGCAGGUGUACCGUGUGAACAGCACCCUGCAGCUGCACAGGGUGGACGAGCCCCUGCUCCUGAGAUGCACCGUGCAAAACUUCCUGGGCACCAACUCCCAGGACAUCACUCUGGUCCCACACGCCUUGCCAUUCAAGGUGGUCAUCAUCUCUGUCAUCCUGGCCUUGCUGGUCCUCACCGUCAUCUCCCUGAUCAUCCUGAUCGUCCUGUGGCAGAAGAAACCUCGUUAUGAAAUCCGCUGGAAGGUGAUUGAGUCAGUCAGCUCCGAUGGGCACGAGUACAUCUACGUGGAUCCCAUGCAGCUCCCUUACGACUCCAGCUGGGAGGUGCCCAGGGACAAGCUGGUGUUAGGACGCACUCUCGGCUCCGGCGCCUUUGGACGUGUGGUGGAGGCAACAGCCCAUGGCCUGAGCCAUUCGCAGUCCACCAUGAAAGUGGCAGUCAAAAUGCUCAAGUCCACUGCCCGGAGCAGCGAGAAGCAAGCCCUCAUGUCCGAGCUGAAGAUCAUGAGCCACCUGGGACCUCACCUCAACAUCGUCAACUUGCUGGGGGCCUGCACCAAAGGAGGGCCCAUCUAUAUCAUCACUGAGUACUGCCGCUAUGGGGACCUGGUGGACUACCUGCACCGCAACAAGCACACCUUUCUGCAGUCCUACGGCGAGAAGGCACGGCGAGAGGCAGAGGUGUACGGGAACACCGCCAAGGAGGACCAUGUGCAGAGUCACCUCUCCUUGUCUGUUGAGAGCGAUGGGGGCUACAUGGACAUGAGCAAGGACGACUCCCUGGAUUAUGUGCCCAUGUCUGACAUGAAGGGUGAAGUCAAGUACGCUGACAUCGAGUCCUCUAACUACGGCACCCCAUACGAGCUGGACAGCUAUUCCCCGUCAGCUCCUGAAAGAACAGACCGGGUGACGCUGAUAAACGAGUCUCCACUCCUCAGCUACAUGGACUUGGUGGGCUUCAGCUUCCAGGUGGCCAAUGGGAUGGAGUUCCUGGCUUCCAAAAAUUGCGUGCAUCGUGACCUGGCUGCCAGGAACGUCCUCAUCUGUGAGGGGAAGCUGGUGAAGAUCUGUGACUUUGGCCUGGCGAGGGACAUCAUGAGGGAUUCCAACUAUAUCUCCAAAGGCAGCACCUUCUUGCCCCUUAAGUGGAUGGCUCCAGAGAGCAUCUUCAACAACCUCUACACCACUCUGAGCGAUGUGUGGUCCUUCGGGAUUCUCCUCUGGGAGAUAUUCACUCUAGGGGGGACUCCAUACCCCGAACUGCCUAUGAACGAACAGUUCUACAACGCCAUCAAACGUGGCUAUCGGAUGUCCAAACCCACCCACGCCUCUGAUGAAAUCUACGAUAUCAUGCAGAAGUGCUGGGAGGAGAAGUUUGAGAUCAGACCAUCCUUCUCACAGCUGGUGGUGCUUAUGGGAAACCUCUUGGUGGAUUGCUACAGAAAGAGGUACCAGCAGGUGGAUGAAGAGUUCAUGAAGAGUGACCACCCCGCUGUUGUCCGCACAAGACCCACAAUCCCCGGGCUGAACAACGCCAGGCUCACUGCCAGCUCCCCCACCAGCAGCAUCCUCUACACAGCCGUGCACCAGAACGGGGGCGAGAAUGAUUAUAUCAUCCCUCUUCCUGACCCCAAACCCGAGGCAAUCUGCGAUCUCCCUCAGGAGGCCUCCAUCAGCCGGGCCAGCUCUAUGCUGAACGAGGCCAACACAUCGUCUACAAUAUCCUGUGACAGCCCUCUGGGCCUCCGGCAGGACGAGGAGCAGGAAUCUGACCCACAGCCAGGCUGCCAGGAGCCGACCGCAGGGCACCAAGAGGUGGAGGAGAGUUUCCUGUAGUCAGAGCUGGGCUGACUCUGCAUCUCCCUACGGAGAGGCCAGCUGAGGGGCUGACCCAGACGUUACAGAGAGCCAUGCUUUGCGCUUUUACGUCGGGACAUCCCCACCUGUCCCAGCAUUCCUCCUUCCCUCCUGUCUCCCAGUGUUGCGUGGGGAAUUAAAGACUUUUCUCCAUUGCCAUCCCCUUCCCCCUUACAAAGAGGUGGCUCCGUGCAAGCAACCUUCCAGAUCACUGCCACAUCCUCCUCAGUGAUCAAACCACUGCAGGAGGGAGACAUCUCACAGACCAACAUCUUCUUUUCAAGUGGAAGACGUGGGUUGGAUCUCCACAAGAGACGCCACUUUCGGCAUUGCUAAGAUGAUACUCCAGCCUCUUCCCCCUCUAUGGCAAUGAGUUUCAUCUCCUCUGCACCAGCACUUCUCUGAUGGUCUCAGCACCAGCCACACCAUGGUUCUGUGAAAUGCCACCGGGACAGAUGAUUUGCUUGGAGCCCAUUGCUGGGGUGUAGAGAACCUGCAACACCAACCUUCAGCUGCUGGAGAUCAAGAGUACAUUGGGUAGAUUCUCCUCCAAGCACAGCCAAGUCCUGGAGAGACCAGCCAGCGUCUCAGAGAUACUGAAUCACCGUUUUCCUUUCUUGACAGCUCUUCCACGAUGGAUAGAGCGUCACAAGCACUACAGGUACCCAUGGCUCUGGGGCACAGCUCUGCACCCACCUAGAGGUGCUGUCACACCCUGAACCUUUUUGUGCCCAGCAUGGCACCAGGAGCCCCAAGGGCAUGCCAGGAACUCAAAAUGCUCUCACAAUGACUCUGUUGUAGUAACAAAGAGGGCAGUCCAGUGUUGUUCGUGUCAUCUGUGUGGACACUAAGCUAAUUAUUCUCCGUUGAAGAUUUAAAGGGAACAAAUAUAUUAAUCCACUAGCCAGGGCCAGUAUAAGGAAGCAAUAUGGCUAUUCAUUAAUCUACUGCCACUAAGCCCAGCUCAUCUGCUGGGAAAUCAUAUAACCCUGCCAGCUGCAAAAUCUUUGUGCCUUACCUUUGGGAAGCAAGGGCUCCCUUUUGAUAGACUGUUCAUCCGAACACCCUUUCUCAGGAUGGGAGGUCUCACCAGUCCCUCCUGAGUCAUAGCAAGACUAUGGGGAGCAAUAAGGAUGCCAGAACACCCACCCAGGGACAUCUCAAAAGAGAGAGAGGGAGAGAGGCUGGGAAGCUGAACUGUAUCUCACACCCUGCCACUUUCUGGGGGCCAGGCAUAGCCACUUGCAACCUGCCAGGGCUGCGGAUGAACUGUCAUGGGGAACCAAGCAGAGCAAGAGGAAUCAGGGAGGCUUCCUCUCUCUUGGAAACUGUUUUGAAGAAUAAAAGGGCAGAGACCUUCCUCCUGCUUCUCACCUCCUUCCUCGCUUCUCACAGGCAGGCCUGGGACUUCUUGUGCUCUCAGCUGGCACUUGAAUGAGGAGACUCAAAGCAGGAGGAACACCAGGCUUUUGAAAGCAGUUGUGAACCCCACGUCUGCAGAGAUGAAAGCUGGACCCCAAAAACUACAGGUCUGACACCACAGAAACUAGCAGGGUGUUUUUCUGAAAGGAGAAGUUUUGCCUUGCACUGAGCUCUGUUCGCUGCAUGCCCCCCACUCCCAUUAACCCCUUCAUUGCCCUACUCAUGCACAUCUCUGUGCAUCCUACAAAAACUGCACAGGCAGGUUUACAAAUUCAGAAAUUCAAUCAGCAUCUUGCUGGGCUUCUGCCACCUCAGAGCCACUGAGAAUUUUGGUUUUUUUCAAAAUACAAAACUUCUGCCAGAAAUCCCCAGAAAAACAGCUUCUGUUUUAAGUUGUCUAUUGUUGCAAUGCUGCCAUUUAUGCAGCUAAAAGAGGAGUGGGUGUUUUGUGGGCUGAUGUCCUUGGUAAAAUGUGAACAUAAGAAAUAGCACUUUUAUUGGCAGCCGGUGGAGUAUAUUUUCAGCCCGUGUGGUUAGAUUCCCCACCAUCCAUAGGAAACACACUGUGAAUGACAACUGUUUUUCCAUGUUCUGUUCCUCCUGCUUGUAAUGAAGGAGCCAUCUUCUGUGGCCACAGUUCAUGAAAUGAUCCUAACCGCAGAGAAGCAGUAACUUAUGAGAUCCUUGGGGUCAGACCACUUCAUUUUUCUAACAUGUAAGGUGCUUGGUAGGAUCCGUGUCACUGCAAUUUGAGCCCAUAGGAUGGCACAUCAGAUCAUCCUAAUAGCCCCUGUCCGCACCAGCUCCAUUUUUAAUUUGUCCUUCUCUAUCAAAGGUGACCAGAAGUACCCAGUACUCCAGGUGAGGUCAAAUCUAGACCUCACAUAGGGCAUUAAUAGUUCUGGUCUGUACUGGAUUUGACUUGCUUGGUGCAGCUUUGAAUAAUGUUGGCCUUUUCCCAGCCACAACAUACUGGUAGUUUGGAGUCAUCCUCUGACCAAUCUAAGCACCUACGUCUUUCUACUCUUGCAGCAUUUCUAACCAAGAUACUCCCCGCUGUUCCAGACAUUGGGUCAUCAGCACAUUUUGUAACAAACUGUUAUUUUUGGGCUGGACUGACUAAUAAAAAUAUUAAAUACUUCUAGCAUCAAGAGCAACCCUAGAGAGCUACUUUUACUACCUCCGUCCAGCCCAAAGAUUUCUGCAUCAAUUAACCCCUUCUCACCCUCCCUUUGGCCAUUUGCUUAUUUACUUUACAAACCCCAUACUAAACUCCAUCUUGUACAGAUUAAUUACUAAUUAAAUUACUAAUUUCGCACUAUCAAAUAGUUUCCACAGACCUGAAAGAGGAGAUCUAUUUCUUCCCUCAGGUAUCCUGUCCUAUUAGCUGGGCAUUAGCUACACUUGGAUGCCUAUUGUAUUUUGUCCCAUUUGUAGAUUUAUUGCAAUUAUUUUUUGGAUCAAAACCUGUUCUGGCUGCUGACAGAGUGCUAACCCCACCUCCCUCUUCCUUCUUAAAGUAGGUACGCCAGACUUUUUGCAAAAUGGUACCAUUCUCCACUCCAGAGAGAUAUGACCAAAUAUUUGCCUUUGGCCCUGUGAUUGCAAGGGCCAAGUCUUGCACUUUGUGGUACUUUCCUGUCCUUACUCAACUAUUCCCAUCACCAUUUAGCGAGGGCAUGCACACCUGCUACAGCGAGCAGAUCUUCUCAGCCAGGGACAGGCUGGCAGCUGGGCAAAGCCAACGUGUUUUGCUAAGCAACCCUGCAACUCUCCUCAAAGAGAGGGCUUGGCAGGGCUGAGGCUUACAGCAGCUCCCCAGACAAGCUCUCUCUGUUCGGGGAGCCAGCUCCAGCCCCCCGCUCCCUCUCUCUCUGCUGCCGACAUUCCAGUCCCUGCGUGGCCCGGCGGGUGAGGGCCAGGAGAAAUGGUCGGCUGUUCUGGGCCCAUCAGUUUUGUAACCGUAAUUUCUCCAGUGUGACUCUGAAGGGAACCGGUCCCUCCGGGUUUUUAGUUUUGAUGAUCAGUAUUUUUGUUUGGGUGGUUUUUUCUGUUUAGAGGUGGACCCAAACUGAGCCCCCCAAAAAGGGACACAUGCCACAGCUUGGGCCCAUCUCUAGUGCAAUAUCUUUUAUUUGUAGAUUAUAUUUUACUCUACAGCUGUUACAUCGUUAUCAGCACCAGUAUAUGCAUAAUCCUCCUGCCAGUCACUAUUUCAUACAUACCUAAGUGUAUCCCAGAAACUAAUGCGACACUCUGGUGUCUCUUUCCACAUUUAAGAUGCUUCUCAGACUGAUGUGUGCGCAGGUUUUAAUCCUUUUGUCCUUCUCGGUUUGAGAGUGUUACUAUUUUUUUAAGCGAGAGUGUCACGUUUAGUGUUUGUUUGUGUCGUGUUAAGAAAUCUAGAGCACAGCGGACUUUACUUGUAACUAAAUUGUCUCUGUUCACCUGCCAAGGGGACUGUGGCGGAGCCCCAUGGGGACGGGAGGCAGAAGUGCAGCGCAGAUGUGCAGCCAGGAGGAAGUCAGCCAGAAGUGAGAAACGGCUCUUCCCCUUCUUCCCAGUCAGGGCUCUGGGCUGGGGGAGAGACAGCACCACAAAUACAGGGUACUGGGCAGUGGGUUAGGUUUUGGCUGUGGGGAAGCCCGAGGCCUGCCUGUGUAAAGCUGGGCAGAUCUGGAGAAGGGGAUUUCACAGAUGUCUCCUUUUGGGGGCUUUUUCUAAAAUGAGAUGUCAGCUAAUGUGCUAAGGAGGCAAACCCCAUGCUCCAAUGCACAGGCGCAAGGAAGGGCUCUGGUCGGGCUCAGUGCUUAGCUCAGGUCCCAGGAUCGGUGGUGGCCAGUUCACAAUGCAAACCACAGGAUCUCCCAUGCAGACAGGAGAGCAGUGGGCUGCCAAGCAGCCCCAGGGAGCCCAGAUGCAGCCUGGCUGCGCUCCCACUUGGAGAACGUGAAGGUUGCCCUUUGGCAGCCCUCGGCAGCCUUUUGGCAGCCUUUGCCCCGCCUGGUUGCACAGGCAGAGAGCAGCCAGGGCAGCUGCAGGUCCUCACUGGGCGCUGGGCAGCUCCUGGGCCAUGCACAGAUCCUUCCCACAGCACAUAUCCCAGCCCUGGCUAGAUGCUGAGCAGCCAGCACUGACUGUAACAGUGGAGGCACCAUGUUGUCUGCAGGACUUGCCCAGGCAGGCCAAGUAUUGUUAAAAAAUCAGAUUUCAUGGGCCAGCACAUGGGCUGCUGGGCUUCCAGCAUAAUUCUCUUGUUUCACCCGAAGGGCUGAAGUCUCUGGGACAUGCCAAGAUGGAUCCAGUUGGCUUUGGCAAAGGCAGGGGAACUGCUUCAGUGUAGCUCCAGCAGCACUUUGGAGAGAUGCCUCUUGCAGGGGUGGGAGGAGGCAGGGAAGCCAACUCAUGCUGGGAGGCCUACAGCGUCCCAUCGUUCCCAUCCUUUCCUCCUUAAUGGAUUGCACCAGAACUGCAAAGCUUGCCCAAAGCGUGCCCUCUGCCCUCUCCCCCUCCUGCUGUUGCUGGCAUCACGCUGUUACUCUGCAGCAUCUCUGAACAGAAGCAGCACCUGCCUCCAUGCUAUCUGUUGGAAACCAUCCUGAGGGCAAAGGAAAAAACAGAGUUCAGAAUAAGGUACCAAAGAGUUAACAUUUUCCUAGGUUUACAGAUAUAUUUGUAGGAUUUGUACUAUGUCACAUCUAUAGCCAUGAGAUAUUAUUUUUAUGCUGUAAACUUUUACAAAUACAUUUUUAAAGAAAGAGUUUAAAAAUAAAGGUGUUUUUCUUUUUGCAAAGUU